UCAUACUCUUCAUUUGAUCGGAUGGUCGUGUCUCGUGGUCCUAAUUUUUUUUCACUCACUCGGAUUUGCACUCCGAAUUGGUCCACUAUCUCGGAAUCAAACCCCAUCAAAACCCCCCAGAUUUCGGUAUAUAUAUACCGUUGCUGAUCUUUAUCUUUUUUUUUUUGAUUUGAUUGCUCUUUUGGGUAUUUGAUCUUUUGAUCUUUUGAUAUUAUUAUUAUUCUCAUAUUUAUUUCCAUUUCAAUAUGGUGACUACUAUGACCAAAGAGAGACAGGAGACUAUUAGUCGAUUUAAUAAACAGUUAUGGCAAGCUGGAGUGGCCGGAUGUUUAGAAGGUACAUUAAUUGGUUUAUUAUCUGGAUGGUAUAUAAGUUAUAAAUAUAAUCAUGGACAUAAUACAAAAUUCUUUAGAACUCCUCAUAAAUUUUGGUAUCUUGUUAGUUGGAAUAUAGUGGGAAUUAUAUUUUCAACUGAUAUAGCUAAAAUGAGAAUCAGUAAACAAAUUGCUAUUGAGGAUGAGAUUAGAAGGAAUCUUAUUGAACAAGAGCUCUACAGUACUAAUCGAAAGAAUAAUUAAACUAGUGCAUUAAUAAGAGAAUCUACUUUAUAUAAGAAUAGAA